UGAUGAUGAUUGUGGCUCAUUUUAUUGAUUUCCAUUAUUUCGAUGAUUUUUAGUAACCAAUUAAUUGAUCAUUAUCAAUUUAUUUGGCACAUCAACUCACACUUUGAUUGAUUAUAAUUUAUAUUCAUCAUUACUGAAUGAAUGAAUAUCAGUUUUGUUGUUGUUGUGAUGGUGGUUGUUGUUGUUUAGUGUGCACGCGUGUUGGACAAGUAUAGAUUUUUUUUUUGGUGGUGAUAAUACACACAACCCCAUCAAUUAUAUAGCAUCGAAUUUUUUUUUCGUAUUCUCAUUUUGAUUUUUUGGGAACCUAGCCCAGAGAUUAAUACUCAGACGCAACAAAUAUAAACCAGAAAAAAUCAAGGUGACCGUCCUUGGUUUUUUUUUCUAUUCUGUCCCUGAUUUGUUUGGAUGGUCUGACAUCCUUUUAUUUUUUGUUCGAUUGUUUUUUUUCAAUUCACUCUCUGUCUGCCAAUAUACCAUUGUCUUCCAAUUUCUUCUAAUUUUUUUUUAAAUUAUUAAUUUUGAAAUUUAAACGCACACUUUAACAACAAAAAUGUAUCCUUUAAUACAACGAUCAUAUCGUAAGAUGAUGAUGAUGAUGAUGAUUAAUGGUCAUCACUAUCAACGAUUAUUAUCAUCAUCAACAGCGACAACAAAUUAUGUGCUAAAUGAACCUAGUGAACCAAAUAUUGUUACUGCUGAAAUACCUGGUCCACAAUCACGACGAUUAAUUGAUGAUUUGAAUAAAAUUCAAAAUGCAGGUGCCAUACAAUUGUUUGUCGAUUAUGAAAAAUCUAUUGGCAAUUAUCUUGUAGACGUGGAUGGUAAUACAUUUCUAGAUAUUUAUAGCCAAAUAUCAUCAAUGCCACUUGGCUAUAAUCAUCCAGCAUUGAUUGAAGCCGUAAAAGAUCCACGAAACAUAUCAUCAUUUAUUAAUCGACCUGCAUUGGGUAUACUACCACCGAAAUCAUUUAAUGAUCAAUUACAUUCGGCUUUACUUUCGAUAGCACCAUCUGGUUUGAAUGAAAUUCAAACGAUGGCCUGUGGUAGCUGUUCGGUUGAGAAUGCAUUGAAAGUUGUUUGUUUCUAUUAUCGAACAUGGCAACGUGGUCAACCACCAACCGAAGAUGAUAUGCUUACAUGUAUGACAAAUGAACAACCUGGUAGCCCAAAAUUAAGUAUCAUGUCAUUUAUGGGUAGUUUUCAUGGCCGUACAUUUGGAGCUUUAAGUUGUACACAUUCAAAAGCAAUACAUAAAGUCGAUAUACCGGCAUUCGAUUGGCCUAUUGCCGAUUUUCCACGUUAUAAAUAUCCACUAAAUGAAUAUAGUGAUUAUAAUCAACGUGAAGAUGAUCGAUGUUUGGCUAAAGUUGAAGAUCUUAUUGAAAAAUAUAACCGUAAAGCAAUACCUGUAGCCGGUAUGAUUAUUGAACCGAUACAAAGUGAAGGCGGUGAUUAUCAUGGAUCGAAAUAUUUUUUUCAACAAUUAAGAAAAAUUUGCACAAAACAUCAUGUUGCAAUGGUUAUUGAUGAAGUACAAACUGGUGGUGGUCCAACCGGUAAAUAUUGGGCACAUGAACAUUUUGAAAUGGAUCAACCACCAGAUAUUGUUACUUUUAGUAAGAAAAUGUUAAUAGGCGGUUUCUAUUAUCGGCCAAUGUUUCGUCCGGAUAAACCAUAUCGUAUAUUCAAUACAUGGCUUGGUGAUCCAUCAAAAUUAAUACUUUUGGAACAAGUAGUACGUGUUGUAAAAGAACAACGACUAUUGGAACGUAUAGCUGAAACUGGUGAUUAUCUAUUAGACCAUUUGAAACGUAUACAAAAUCAAUAUCCAUCAAUAUUGAUGAAUGCAAGAGGUAUUGGUACAUUUUGUGCAAUUGAUUUUCCAACACCAUCAUUAAGAGAUCAAACUAUUAAACAAUUACAUCGUAAUGGUGUACAUUGUGGUGGUAGUGGUUCAGCUACAUUACGUUUUCGUACAACAUUAACAUUUGAAAAACAUCAUGUUGAUCAAUUUAUUGAACGUUUUGAUCAUACACUUCGAUCAUUAUCGAAUAAUAAAUGAAAAAAAAAGAUUACAAAUCCCAA